AUGUACCUCUCGGUGGAGGAGGGCCGGCGCGGGAGGAGAGCCGGCGCGGGGGCCGGGGCAGCCGGCGGGGAGGAGGCCGACGCGGGGGAGUGCAGCCGGCGGGGAGGAGGGCCGGCGCGGGCGAGGGCGGCCGACGCAGGGAGGAGGGCUGGCGUAGGGGACGACAGCGUGCAGGGGACACCGGCGGCGCGUGGGGGAUUGAGGGAGGAGUGUGGAGUGUACGCGAGCCCCUGCCCUGCCCCCUGUCCUCCUGCGGCGUUCCAGUUGGAGAGCAAUGCCGGGGCCCAGGAGCAGGAAGCGCGCGGCCGCGGAGGCCGGCGGCUCGAGCAGGACGGCGAGGCCGGCGCCGGCGAGGCGGGGGACGGCCAGGCCGGGGACGCGGCGGCGCCGGAGCGCUUUGCCGAGAGGCGGAACCUGGAGGAUCUUUGGUUGUCGGCCUUCCCCAUUGGAACCGAGUGGGGAAACAUUGACAAGAUAAAGGAGUUCAACUGGAACUUUCAAAAUUUAGAGAAAGCUCUAGAAGAAGGGGGAGAGCUGUAUGGGAAGACAGUUUACUUAUUUGCAAACACCGAACCUCAGCAGUUGCAUGUUAAUGGCGAACAGAAGAUGGUAUUUGUUCCUACUGUAGUCGCUGUUGAUUGUCCUUGCGCCCCUUCAGAUAAAGUUGGCAUAAAUUAUGUCCAAAGGGCAUAUGAAGAAAUACUACCAAUGAGAGCAAUGAAGAUGUCCUGGGUGCCCUAUGUUCCACUCGAGGACCGGCUCAGCAGGAUUGAGGGUUUGAAAACAAAAAUAUUCACUCUUCAUUGCUCCCAGCGAAGGUCUGCGCUGAAGCAUCUGAAAACUGAGCGAGUCAAGAAGUUUGACUACUGCAUGCCAUAUUAUAUGUCGCUUAUUUCUCCUGAAGAGGACCAUGAUACAACUGUCGAUAUCAUAUAUCCUCUAGAACCCCCGAUAGUUUGCCCGUUUGACUGGGAAAUGGAUAACUAUGAGGAGUUUACUGACGACCUAGUUAAAGCUGAGGAAUUGCCAGAGGAUGAGAAAGAAAAUUUUAAGAUAAAUCCACACCCGAACACUGAAAUUGCAUUGGAAAAAGAGGUGGUUUCUGUCCUCCAGUAUCCUAGUUGGACAAACCAAGCAAACAUCUUGAUCGACAUUGUACAGCAACUCCUCCAGAUCCACCCCAGGAUGGGGUUUGCUACCAUUGGCUGA